GUACUAAUUGUUUAAAAUCGAGUUGGCUCGAAACAACUAUUUAAAAUUUCUCUGUGCUGCUUAAAAACUUAUGUUUAAAAUAAUGCGUUACAUUAUAAUUGUACCGUUUUUGAUACUGUUCAGCUGUGUAUCGUGUAAGAAUAAUGUCAAAUCGUUGACAGAAUCUAUGGGGCAGGAGGUGAUAGAAAUAAAUGCUCCCGUCAAAGAUCUACCGGAUGUGGAAGAAGAACCGUCAGCAGAGGUUGAUGACGAUGAGAAGACCACCGUUACCACACAAGCGACCACCAAGAAGAAUAUUAUUAAGACCACAACAGCUUUAGAAACCCGAAGAAAAAGCAAAGACAUUGAUAUAAUCGAUGGUUUGAAGCCUGAAGAUGAAGAAGCAAGGAUCGAGAAGGAACUAGCCGAGAUCUAUAAGGAUAAUAGCGAUUACAAGGACAGUUCAGAAUCAAACAAAGAGAUCACAACGCUUUCCAAAGAUUUAACAUCAUCAGCUUUGAGACUGCGGCCAAAGAACAACUUUAAGUUCCAACCGGAUGUCAACGAUAAAGCUGCAGUUGAGAAGUUCCGGACGUCCAUUGACGAGAUCAGUUGCGGGAAGGUUAACAAACUGACAGCGACACCCUCACCAAAUUCUGGAAAUCCUCAAGAAACUUCACUUACAACAGCUAUCGCAGUGUUAGGCAUAGCUAAUUUAAUAUGUUUUUAAAUAUUGUAUCUUACUUUACUAUUAAAUUAUUU